GAGAAACAGGGUAAACUCAUGAAACACCAACUCUCUCUCUCUCUCUCUCCAACAAGAAUCAUGCAUAUAUUCCUCCACACACUCAUUCGUCACUGUGUGUCUCUCUCACUUGCUCCACACAUCAAACAGUCCAAUCCAUUCCCAACCUAAACAAACGCCAAAAACAAAAACAUGGGUUUAUUCCCUCUGUUGCUGUUAUUGCUCUCCCACUCUCUCCUAAUUUCUCUCUCCAGUGGAGAAAUCUCACCGGAGCUCGGCAUCUGCUACGGCCAACUGGGAAACAACCUUCCUUCCCCGUCGGAGUCCGUCCAACUCCUCAAAACCCUAAAACCCAAGGCCGUCAAGCUCUACGAUGCAAACCCACAAAUCCUGAAUGCCUUACGAGGCCAAAAUCUCCAGGUCUCGAUCAUGGUCCCGAACCAAAUCCUCCCCGACAUCUCCAAGAACCAAACCCUAGCCGACCGGUGGGUCCGCAUCAACGUCUCCCCGUUCUACCCCCGGGUCAGAAUCCGGUACCUCCUCGUCGGAAACGAAGUCCUCAGCUCAUGGAACGAUAAUGCCACCCAGCACAGCUUAGUCCCGGCGAUGCGCCGAAUCCAUCGAUCGAUCACCUCCCAGAAGUUGAAGAAAAUCAAAGUCGGCACGCCUCUAGCCAUGGACGUGAUCGCGUUCGAGUCGCCCUUGCGGCCGUCGAACGCCACGUUUCGGGCUGAUCUUUCGGAUCCGGUUAUAAAACCCCUGCUGGAAUUUCUGAACCGGACCCGUUCGUUCUUUUUCUUGGAUGUUUACCCGUUUUUUCAGUGGGCCUCGGACCCGGUCAAUGUCGGGCUCGAGUAUGCUCUCUUAAAAGCGGAGAAUAUUAAUAAGUACGCCGACCCGGGCACUGGGUUGGUUUAUGGGAAUUUACUCGAUCAGAUGCUCGACUCGGUUAUUUUUGCUAUGAGGAAACUCGGGUAUCCGGACCUCCGUUUGUUUAUCGCCGAAACGGGUUGGCCGAACGCUGGAGAUAUUGACCAGAUUGGAGCCAAUAUUUACAAUGCUGCCAGUUACAAUCGUAACGUGAUCAAGAAACUAACGGCUAAACCCCCAGUCGGGACACCUGCCCGACCGGGUAAGGUUAUACCGGCUUUUAUCUUUGCGCUUUACAACGAGAACCAAAAGGGCGGACAGAGCACGGAGCGUCAUUUCGGGCUUAUGUAUCCGAACGGGUCGAACGUCUACCCGAUUGAUCUAGCUGGCAGGACGCCGGAAUCGAAAUACAAGUCACUUCCGCUUCCGACGAACGAUGAGCCCCACAAGGGGAAGAUAUGGUGCGUGGUGGCUGAAGGAGGGGAUUCAAAUUUGAAGGCGUUGCGUUCGGAGAUGGCGUUUGCUUGCGGGCAGGGGAACGGGACUUGCGACCCGAUCCGACCCGGAGGCAAGUGUUUUAAACCGGUUUCGCUAGUCGGGCAUGCUAGCUAUGCGUUUAACUCGAAUUGGGCUCAAUUUAGGAAGCUUGGUGGGUUUUGUUUCUUCAAUGGGCUUGCAGUCCAGACUACCAAAGAUCCAAGUUAUGGGUCUUGCAAAUUCCCGAGCAUCACACUUAACAGUGCUGGGAAGCAGGUGAAGGCAGAAAGGACGGACGAAGAUUAAUGAGCUCUACACUUCUUGAGCCCCUUCGCGAUUUCUCUUGAGAGCAAUUUUACGGAGAUGAUCUAUGUUCAGAACCGUUUGAUGCACGGAAGUUCUGCACAAAUGCAAUAAUUUCAAACCCGUCUACGUCUAGAUCUCUGUUGAGACAUUUAUA